CCCGCUGGGAUACGAUCUCCGGAUUGCAUGUUCAGCAACCAUUCGAUAUGCCCUCAAGUUAUUAUACCCAUUCUUAUCAGCCCACUGCCGAAUGAUACUACUUAUUUUGGGGCAUUGGUGGGGUGUGUUGCAAAUAGAAUUGCUCGUGGGCGUUUCGUGUUAAAUGGAAAACCCUAUCGAUUAUUUAUUAACAAUGGAAACAACUCACUCCAUGGUGGUCACAGAGGGUUUAGUAAGGUAAUUUGGACCGUGAAGGAGAAAGUGGAUGGUGAUUACCCUUACAUCACAUUGUAUUACCAUAGUUUUGAUGGGGAACAAGGUUUUCUUGGUGAUCUCGACGUUUAUGUCACCUACAAGAUCUCGGGCCCGUAUGAGCUAAGCGGCCACAUGAAUGCCACCGCCGUCUACAAGGCGACGCCGGUCAACCUGGCGCAGCACACCUACUGGAACCUCGGCGGUGACAACAGUGGCGCCAUCCUCUCCAACACGGUCCAAAUCUUCGCGUCUCACAUCACCCCCGUCGAUGAAUCCCUCAUCCCAACAGGCCAAUGGAAGCUCGGGUGGAAAUGAUGAUCUCAGUGCAUCAAAUAUCAAGGAUAAUAAUAAUGGUUAUAUUACCGCACAGCAGCACAGUUUAUCAAUCUUUCAAGUUCUCAGGCCUGUUCCAGGUAAUUUUCUCUAUAUUCCUCCGCUGUCAUAUUUUGCUACUUAGUUUUGUAUGGUGAAACAGUUUUCAUGGUUGAAAGUAACUGCAAAAUUUGCUUGCGCUUUAUCUUAAGCUUCCCUUUGUCUUGUCUCGGCGACUCUUCUGUUCAAGUGAAUUAAAAGUCCUACCCGAUCUUUAGUGUGAUGUGUAUGAAUGUGCAUAAUUAUAUUGAUAACUUUGUUUAUUGCUCUACGUGAAAACAAGUUGCGUAGAUUUAUUUAGAUUAAUUAAAAUAUAUACGUACUCUUAAUUUACUGGAAACUAAAGAAGCAUAUUGUUAAAUGUUCUUUAACUAACUUGUUAUAGCCCAAAAGCAUUCUCUUUUCUAGCCAAUUACCAGCAUAUUUUUAUGAAACCUUUAGAAUAAUUAAUAUGCUUUUAUAAGUUUAAAAAGAAAAUACUGAUCCACCCUUAUAAUUAUAUAAACCUUGUAAUUAAAUACAAUUCUUGACCGGUGGAAGUUCCUAAUAUUUUAAGUUUAAUGGCUAUUUUACCUUUAGUAUGGUUCAUGAAGAUGAAGGAUUUUAUGGCAAUGAUAGUAAUGUGGAAAAAUUUACUAUGGCCUCUCCUAACCACCCACUUGUAAGUGGCAUAUAUGAGUUAAUGCUAGAAGUACCUUUGAAUGUAACUGAGAAAGUGCGAGAAAGACCUCUUUGUUUCGGUGAUUUUUGCAUGUGAUUGAUAACAAAGUAACUAUAUAGGCCAGAUUAAAAGUGCUUAGUAAUUUCUAGUAACAAGGCUUUUGGUAUAAGAUGCUACUGAUAAUUAUUUGGCCAGAUGUUUAUGGAUUGUUGUUAAUCCUUUCUGAAAUCACUGGCAUAGAGAAAGAUCUUUCCCUAUGUGCAGUUGGCUCGUACUUUCCGAUCGAGUGAAGUCCAACCCAAUAAGGGGACAAUAAAAGACUCGGAUCAAGUUUCUAAUUUGAGUUUAUACUUCUAAUUAAACGACAAUUAAACUGCUUAAUUUGACCUGACUACUAAUUGGAACUAAAAAGAUUUAGUUCUUAUGACUGUUAUAUAUACUUUUAUUUUUUGCUAUGUUACUUAUGAUAGAUUCUCAGUUGGAAUGAGCUUAUGCAACUUGAAUGUUUCAAUUUUUUUUGUUACAGAUUGAAGCAACAAGCAGAAUUUGACGUUCGCAUUCAAGGACGUUUAGCUGGAGCUUUUCACUUUCUUUUUUCUUAGCUUUCUAACAUUUGGGGUUCAAAUAAAUUUCUAUUGCAUUAAUUUCUAUUAGAAUAUAAAAACUUAUUUUGUUGCAUUUUAUUUUCUGCUCUAGAUCAUUGUUUAUAGUUUUGUUUCAAGAAUGAUUGUAUCAUCUUAUUGCAAUUUAGUAAUAUGACUCUUAUUUUUUUUUCGGAUAUUA